AUGCCAAAAAUUUGUGAGUUGAGUGUGAGAGCGUUUUCUUUGGGAUCCAGUUGCCGCUCCAAUGUUGAGUGCAGAGUAACACAUGCGCAUUGCUCUAGGGGCGUUUGCGCGUGUCAGCCGUACUAUGCACAGGUUGAUAACUCUACUUGUCUCGAAUCAACACUUCUGGGAUCGGAAUGUAUAGUAUCGGAACAAUGUACCCUAAAGGUAGCGUACAGCGCCUGCUUGGACGGCCUCUGUCGAUGUUCCGACGGACAUUUACAAUUCAGAAAGCAUACUUGUUUGUCUCCUGCUCCACCGGGACACGUAUGCUACAGCAACGAACACUGUCGAUUAUGGGAGAAAGAAAGUCACUGCGAAUUUGUAAUACCAAAUUUAUUUGGAAGAUGCGCUUGUAACACGAACUUCAAACAAAACGGAGAAAAGUGCUUAGCUCAAAAGGGAACAGUCUUUGCUACUGAGGCAGUGAUUCUUGAACAAGGCGCUUCUAAAACUGAUAUUACAAUGGCAUCGCCCUCUACUAUUGAAUUGUCGAAUAAAUCAUCCAAAUCGCCGAAUAGUCCUAGCGCUGAAAGUUUAUUUGGUAAUCCUAAUAUCUCAGAUUCGGAUGAAAUCAAGCCAAGUAAUUUACCCAUGUUCACAAGUAACAAUGAAGUUCUAAGCACGCAAGAAGAUAGUCCAUUGAUGCAAGCAGUCAUGAAAGUCCCGACAGUGGAACCUAGUAAAAGACAUCCAGUUUCAAUAAGAAAGGAUGAAGAAUCAAAUGAGCUAAUAGGUGUAGACGAAAUGACGGCUAAUUUACAUGCAAACGAUCAACCUAUAUACAGAGUGGUGACACAACCAUCUGUAGACAAAAAACCAAAUAAGAAAGGGGGAGUCAAGGAUCAAAAUACUAGUAAAACUAAUAAAAGUCAGAAGAAAUCCUCAUUAAAAGAGAAAAAUCGUAUCCGAGCUGAUAUAGUAUCAACACCUGAUCCAGGGCCAGCGUCAUUGGGCAUGUACUGUCUGUCGGACAGUCAAUGUCAGCUUGUUGAUCCGAAUACAAGAUGCUUGAACAAGAGAUGCGAUUGCACGUACCGAACUAAUUCAACGUCUGCGUGCUCGGCGCGUAAUCGAGGAUGUCUGCCGGGUACAUUCCAAUGCCGUUCAACUGGUGCAUGUAUCAGCUGGUAUUUCGUUUGCGACGGACGGAAAGAUUGCCCCGAUGGGUCGGACGAAAGGUGUCAAGGUACUGGUAAAGACAACACGGGCGAGCGUUGUCCGAUGCACUCGUUCCGAUGCGGCGGUCCUGGCAGCGCGUGCGUGUCAAGAGGAGCACGGUGUGACGGCAUCCCUCAAUGUGCUGGUGGCGAAGACGAGAGGAACUGUCGUGCUACUAAACGGAGAGGUUGUCCGCGACAUACAUUCCGCUGCGGCUCAGGCGAGUGUCUGCCCGAGUACGAGUUCUGUAACGCGAUCAUCUCGUGCAAGGACGGAUCUGAUGAACCGUCGCAUCUAUGUAACGAGCAGUCGCGAUGGCGUGCGGCAGACUUUUGUCCAUUGCGGUGCGGCAAUGGAAGGUGUAGGAGCACUGCAGUGGCUUGCUCCGGAAGAGACGGCUGUGGAGACAACAGUGAUGAAAUAGCCUGCUCUGUCUGCACAGUAGACUUCUAUAAAAGUAGUAGGUUCAAAGAUACAUGA